AUGGAUAUUAAAGAAUAGCUGAAGUGCUAAAAACAUCUUAAUAACGACAUUUUGUAUGUCAAAGUUAAUAACAUACAAGAUGAUGAUGAUGUUUUUUAUUGUGAAUUGUGUCCUUUUAGCGAAUCAAAUUUUAGUAUGUGUGACUGUACUCCCAUCAAAUCUAUUUUAAAUUGGAAUGAGGAUUCUCCCAUUAUUAAUCUGUUUCCUUUUAAUGAUUAAGAAUUAAUUAAAAAGCUUAAAGAUAUUUUCCAGAAAAAUAUUUAUGAAUAAUUACCAAAUCAAAUUGAUUAAUUUUAUGAUGAUUUGUAAGCUAAAAUUAUGUAAAUGGUAGCGGAAUCUAAAAAAAGAUCUAUCACAUUAGCUCAAUAGUUAUGUGAAUAAAAACAAAAGGUUUUGCAAUAAUAUAAUCAAGCAAUUUACAAAGAUUAUAUGAAAACUAUUUUUUAAAAUUCAGAAAGGAAUACUUAAAUUAUAAAUGCUCUAAAUGAAGAGUAAUUUCAGGUUUCUAAUGUUCAUCCACUCUAAGCUCAAAUCUUAUUAAGUAAUAAAACUAAAGCUUAUGAUAUUGAUCCAAGAGGAUCGUUUGGAGAAAAUCGUGUAUUCUUGUUUGGAAAUUAGCAAAGCAAUUAAUAAAGCUACUUAAUAAAUAUUCAUGUUAAUGGAAAUAAUUAAAUAUAAUUUAGAGAUAAUAGCAAUUGCUCAAGUUUUUUUUCAAAUAAUUUUGAUUAACACCUGGCUUAUCUUAUAAAAGGAAAUUAAAAUUAAAGUUUUAAUAUUGAAACAAUAUUUGAAAUUAAAAUAUUAAUAAGUAAAGGAAUGUUUGAAGUUUCUGAUUAUCAUAGCAAAUAAAUAAUUGUAGGUUUAGAUUAACAUUAUCAAAGUAAAUUAUAGGCCAGUUUAAACAAAGAUUUUAGUUUAUGUUUUAGAGGCAGUUUAAAUUUAAUUCAUGCAACUGAAUUAGAAUAAGAAAUUUGA